AUGGCGCUGUUCCCCAUCAAGCAGCUGGACGGCCCCAGCGGCUACCUGCGGUGGAAGGAGUCGGUGCUCCUCCGCCUCCACACCCUCGACGUCGCCCACGUGCUCUUCGAGGACCGCCCCGCCGGUGACGGCGGCGACGCCGCGGCGCAGGCGGCGGCCAAGAAGUGGGCGCGCGACGAAGCGGUGUGCCGCGGCCACGUCCUCGCCUCGCUCUCCGACCGCCUGCUCCCGGACUACGCCCGCUUCGCCGCGGCCGCGGACCUGUGGCGCGCGCUGGCGCGCACCAACGACGUGGAGACGCGCCACGCCUGGCGGGACAGGUUCGACGCGUUCGUGUUCGACGAGGGCCCCGGCGACGCCCUCCUGGAGCAGAUCGCGCACGCGGAGGCGCUCGGCGCCGCCGCGAAGCUCCCCGACGACUACGUGGCCGACGAGCUGUGCGGGAAGCUCCCGGAGGUUGUGGGCAACGCCGUCCUCGCGCGCUCCGGCCCCGACAACGACAUGGGCUUGGUCUGGGAUGUCGCCCGCCGUGUCGUGGCGUACGGCAUUGGGCCGGAGCGUCUUUGGAAGACGACGGCGAUGAGCGAAGACGAUCAGGAUGGCUUCUACAUUGACGGCCCAGAGCCGGAGCAGAACACAGGGCGCAGGAAACGCGGCGAGCCUGGACCCGUUGCAAGGAACUGCAGGCGCAAGGUUUGA